AUGGGCUACAAAGACAACUAUAAGCCACUUGGGGCUAUUACAACUGUUGACGAGAGUGACAGCCGCUACAUUGCCCGUAUUAACGAGGAAUUCGAGGUUGGCGACGGCGAUCGCAUACGCCUAAAUGUCUUUCUCCCUCGCUCAGGGGGGCCAGAAUUCCCUGUUCUCAUGACGGCAACUCCUUACGGAAAAGAUGUGCCUUUUAUCGACAACGAAGUGUAUAAAGUAUUUGCAGCAGAUCUUCCCGAGGUUAUGAAGAGUAAACAUUUGUCGUGGGAAGCACCUGCGCCGAGCUGGUGGUGCCCUCAUGGCUACGCAGUUGUCAUAAUGGACCACCGAGGUUCAGGUGCCUCUAGUGGCGCGUCUAGGCCGUUCAGCACUCAAGAUUGGGAUGAUUACGCCAAGGCUAUCGAGUGGGCUGCAGACCAGCCAUGGUCAAUUGGCAAGGUUGGCCUGACAGGAAUAUCCUACUUGGGCCUUAACCAGUGGCCAACGGCAGCGCGCCAACCUCGGGGUCUCGCAUGCAUGGUGCCUUGGGAGGGUUUAGGUGACUAUUAUCGAGAGGGAGGCCGCCAUGGUGGUAUCUAUCACAGUUUUAUGGAUGUCUGGUAUCUCAGGCAGAUUAUGCGAAACCAUUAUGGCAGCCGGAACAGGUCUAAUGGUUGCUGGGGCCCAACGUCACCCGAGGGCAAGCUCAGUGACUCCGAGCUAGAUGGAUUGCACCAGAAGCUUCCGAAAUUCCUCCUUGAAAAUGAAUGGAUUGAUGACGAAUGGUACAAGGAUCAUAUGGUUGGCGAAGACUACUCUAGAAUUCAGGUUCCGUUGCUCAGCGCAGGCAAUUGGGGCGGAACUGGGUUGCAUCUCCGAGGCAAUGUCUUGGGCUAUAUGCGAGCGAGCUCGCGGUAUAAGUUUCUGCGUAUACAUACUGGACGUCAUGAUCUCCCUUACUACUGUGAACCAUACAUUACGUAUCAAAAGUCAUUCUUUGACUGCUUCCUCAAGGGCGACGACUAUGAUGGCUGGAAGACUGGCAAACAGGCCCCCGUCGCGUUUGCAGUUCGCCGCGGCACACAGCCACAAGGCAGCAUUCAAGGUGAACUGGAGUACAAGUUCCGUGACGAAAACGAAUGGCCGCUCGCCCGCACGAAGUAUGAGAAACACUACCUUACUGCCAACAAGAUGCUGUUAAAAGAGAAACCCUCUGUUGAGGCAACCUUCUCUUACCAAGCACUAUAUGGGGAAUGUAUUCAAUUCACCACUCCAGUAGCUGAAGAGGAGUAUGAAGUAACAGGUCAUGGACAUGUCCGUCUUGCUGUCUCCUUGACCGAUCAUGAAGGCGAAACCGAGCCAGACCUCGACGUUUAUGUUGCUAUUCGAAAGAUCAACGCACAAGGAAUCGAGUCUUCAUACAGCUCUAGCCUGGGAAAUCCCACACCCGUAGUGUUUGGCUGGCUUCGAGCCUCUCAUCGCACCAUCGACCCGAACCCAUAUCCCGACAGUUUCCACCUUCCAGUACCGGUGCCAAGCCACAGAAGGUCUGAUAGGAAAGAGGUGAGAAACGGCGAGGUAUACGAUCUGCAGAUUGAGCUUUGGCCUACAAACGUAGUCGUGGGAAGAGGCGAACGUUUAGUGGUUGAGAUUUCGCCUAAGGACCCUGUAGGCGCAGAUCUCUUUGCCUGCUACGACCCAAUUGACAGGGAUGAAAGAACUCUGUGUGGAACGAAUAACAUCCAUAUUGGCAAAGACUACGAAAGCUAUGUCGUCUUGCCAAUUGUGUAG